AUAUCUGGUGGUAUAUACAUAUGCCUAUGCAUAUGCCUGCAGGGAUUGCUUGAGUAAUCUUAGCAGAAAUUGCAAGCAAUACCAAAAUGAAAUAAACCUCUGAAAGGUUUCCCCUUGGAGAAAAAUUUGGAGAAAUCCCAGAAACACUAUCUCGGAUAAUCGAGUCCGACCUGUACUACGGAGUGGGUUGUUGGGAGAUGUAUUAGGUCAAGGAUUCACCUGAAAAGCUGGCGAUGGACCCAUGGCAUUUGUUGUUUACUUGGUUAAAAUGUAAUCUUUUGAAAGCCGGCAAUCAAAAGAUUUUUUUUUAAUUAUUGUAUAAAUAGUUAUGUUUCUGCUCAGUGAGAGGCAAAAGCAAAACCGAUCCCUCCAGGGUCAUUGAAAAAAGUUGCGUUUCAAGAAAACAAAAAAUAAAAAAUAAGUAAAUAAACAAAACAAAAUAAACAGAAAAUCACGUAAAAUAACGAUAACAAAACAUUUCAACUCAGCUACAAAAAAAAACGCGUAAAACGAGUUAAACAAAAGUAUGCGGGAGCUAUGCAAAACUUUUACAACUUAACUAAACUUUUGAUUAUUUAAGUUUAAAGUUUCUUCUUCUUUGUGGCUCGACGUCCCCCACUUGGACCUGGCCUGUCUCUCUUCAACUUAGUGUUCUUUGAGCACUUCCACAGUUAUUAAUUGAAGGGCUUUCUUUGCCUGCCAUAGCAUGAAUUUGUAUAUUGUGAGGCAAGAACAAUCAAAUAUAAUAAAUUAAAAUUCUUUGGUACACUUUGCCCAGGGAGUCGAGAAAAUUUUCCCGACCGGAACGGAAAUCGAACCCGCCGUCUCCGGAUUGGCGAUCCAUAGCCUUAACCACUAGGCUAACAGGAGACCCCCUUAAGCAUGUUCCAAGUGAAAAAAAAACUCUAAACGAUCAGUUCAAGUGGAAGACAAUGUGUUAUACCUAUCUAUAGAUCUAUAGGAGACUCUACUGUAGUUGCGUUCAGUUAUCUCCUUUACUAGUAUGUAGCCAUUUCGUACUCGAGUAAAUACAUUUUCAAUUUGAUUCUCAUUCUUCUCUGUAGCGAGACUCUCCCCCAUUCCGUCAUAUCAAUCCGUCUAAAUCAGUUCAAAACAAUGAUCAUUGCACGAUUCACCGUUUUCGCGUUCAUCCUAGCUGGUUGUAUGGUUGAUCUUUCAGUUCCGUCAGAAGAUGUAGCACCGCUUCCCGAGUGGAUCGUGUUGUCCGGAAAGACCAAGUUGAACAUUCAAAUUCUGGAACCCCGCGGAAUACAGGUUUGGACCCGGUACAAGUCCAAAUAUUUGAGCUUUGGUGUGGAGUUGUACAUUAAUCCUGUUGAAACCGGUGAAUCGCUGUUGAAGUGUGACUUGUGCCGGAAUGUGAGCCAGUCUGUGGAUGGCAAGUUCUUCAUUCAGGAUGAUCAACUACAGGUGAAGUUGGGCGAUAUGAUCAAGUAUCGCAUGGUGAAGGUAAAAGCACACGAAGUUAAGUGGUCACCCUGGAAGCAUGUGUUUGUUGAUAAAAAGUUGUUUUACGACUCCGAAAAAUACUGCGCUUCGCAUUGUGCACACUCUGCAGAAAUCGCAAAGGUUCGAUAUCUGGAAAGAUACUUGGAAACGAUGCUGUCCACCUGCGAGAUGACACACACUUCGGAACAUUUAUUUUUCCCCAUGGAACAGGCAACAUUGUUCGUCGAUAACGCAGAGCGGUUCAUCAAAACUCGGCUGUAUUCGGUUGAUGUGUUGAGGCCACUGGUUGAGCAUGUUGAAAACUGCUACAUAGCAUCCGAUGGAGUGGGCUUUCAAAUGCGAACCGUUUUGGAAAAGUUCAAAGUUUUGGAAGCUGGUCGCGAGCAGCUCGGUGUGGUGGACUUUGACGAGUACUUUAUUGUACCAGGACCCAGCCAUGCUGAUGAUUAGAGCCUGGAUUAGACUGUAGAGCUAAGGCGAAACGGUAUGUCGCUAAUAUUAGUAAAUCAUGCGAAGGCAACUGUAAAAUCCGGCGAGGAAAGGCAAUGUAUGUCAUUUUUCAGAAUUUAAGGGAAUUAAGUUCUCCGAGUUUGAUUAAUAAUUAUAGACAAAAGCUUUCCACACCUUA